CUUGGAAGUUUGUACGCCAGAAGGACGUCCUGGCAGGCAGAGAGCGCCGGCUCAUCGCAGCAGAGUUUGCUCUCAGCCUCUUCUCCCCGCCUCCGGGAGCCGGGCUCCUUACCUGCCCUCCGCCCACCCUUGGGCCCCUCGCCAACUUCUCCCUACAACUGGGGGAACAGGCACUUCUUGCCCUCUCCACUGUCCCGACGGCACCCGCAUGUCUCCGGACACCUGAACACCCGGGUCCCUCCGAGGAGUCUCCCAGUGGGAGAGGAAUCCCCUCCCCAAACCCUCCUUUAGCCACCCCCAUUCAGCCCCCACCAACACUGACCAAGGGCGCCCCACCUCGGGGUCCCAGCUCUCUGGUUCUUCAAGGGGGAGGAGGAUGGGGUUGCAAACGCUUUCCCUGAGGAUGCUCCUGUGGCUGGUGGCCUUGGGGAUUGUUUUCUACGGGGAGCUGUGGGUCUGCGCUGGCCUCGAUUAUGAUUACACUUCUGAUGGGAAUGAAGAGGAUAAGACAGAGACCAUAGAUUACAAGGACCCGUGCAAAGCCGCUGUGUUUUGGGGUGAUAUUGCCUUAGAUGAUGAAGACUUAAAUAUCUUUCAAAUUGAUAGGACAAUUGACCUUACACAGAACCCCUUUGGAAAACUUGGACAUAUUACAGGUGGAUUUGGAGACCAUGGAAUAUCAAAGAAACGAGGGGCACUCUACCAACUUCUUGACAGAAUAAGGAGACUUGGCUCUGGCUUGGAGCAAAACAACACAGUUAAAGGAAAAUCACCUCUAAAAUUUUCAGGACAGAAUGAGAAAAAUCGUUUUCCCAGAGCUGCUACAUCAAGAACUGAAAGAAUAUGGCCUGGAGGUGUUAUUCCUUACAUUAUCGGGGGCAACUUCACUGGCAGUCAGAGAGCUAUGUUCAAGCAGGCCAUGAGGCACUGGGAAAAACACACAUGUGUGACUUUCAUUGAAAGAAGUGAUGAAGAGAGUUACAUUGUAUUCACAUAUAGGCCAUGUGGAUGCUGCUCCUAUGUAGGUCGAAGAGGAAAUGGACCUCAGGCAAUCUCAAUCGGAAAGAACUGUGAUAAAUUUGGAAUUGUUGUUCAUGAACUAGGCCAUGUGAUAGGUUUUUGGCAUGAGCACACACGACCAGAUCGAGAUAACCAUGUGACCAUCAUAAGAGAAAACAUCCAGCCAGGUCAAGAGUACAAUUUUCUGAAAAUGGAGCCUGGAGAAGUGAACUCACUAGGAGAAAGAUAUGACUUUGACAGUAUUAUGCACUAUGCCAGGAACACCUUCUCAAGGGGGAUGUUUCUGGAUACUAUUCUCCCCUCUCGUGAUGAUAAUGGCAUACGUCCAGCAAUUGGUCAGCGUACCCAGUUAAGCAAAGGAGAUAUUGCUCAGGCAAGAAAGCUGUAUAGAUGUCCAGCAUGUGGAGAAACAUUGCAAGACUCCAAUGGUAACCUUUCCUCCCCAGGAUUUCCAAAUGGCUACCCUUCUUAUACACACUGCAUCUGGAGAGUUUCUGUAACCCCAGGAGAAAAGAUAAUUUUAAACUUCACCACAAUGGACCUAUACAAAAGUAGUUUGUGCUGGUAUGACUACAUUGAAGUACGAGAUGGAUACUGGAGGAAAUCGCCUCUCCUUGGUAGAUUCUGUGGGGACAAAGUCCCCGAAGUUCUUACUUCAACAGACAGCAGAAUGUGGAUUGAGUUUCGUAGCAGCAGUAAUUGGGUAGGAAAAGGUUUUGCAGCUAUCUAUGAAGCUGUCUGUGGUGGCGAGAUACGUAAAAAUGAAGGACAGAUUCAGUCUCCUAAUUAUCCUGAUGACUACAGACCAAUGAAAGAAUGUGUUUGGAAAAUAACAGUGUCACAAGACUACUAUGUGGGAUUGACCUUUCAGGCCUUUGAGAUUGAAAGACAUGACAACUGUGCUUAUGACUACCUAGAAAUUCGAGAUGGGACUAGUGAAAACAGCCCUUUGAUAGGACGUUUCUGUGGUUAUGAUAAACCUGAAGAUAUAAAGUCUACCUCUAAUACUUUGUGGAUGAAGUUUGUUUCUGAUGGUACUGUGAACAAGGCGGGAUUUGCUGCCAAUUUUUUCAAAGAGGAAGACGAAUGUUCCAAACCUGACCGUGGAGGCUGUGAGCAGCGAUGUCUGAACACACUGGGCAGUUAUCAGUGCGCAUGCGAGCCUGGUUAUGAGCUGGGACCUGACAAAAGGACUUGUGAAGCGGCUUGUGGCGGGCUGCUUACCAAACUUAAUGGCACCAUAACCACUCCAGGCUGGCCCAAGGAGUAUCCUCCUAAUAAAAACUGUGUAUGGCAAGUGGUUGCACCGACCCAGUACAGAAUCUCUAUGAAGUUUGAGUUUUUUGAAUUGGAAGGUAACGAAGUUUGCAAAUAUGAUUAUGUAGAGAUUUGGAGUGGCCUUUCUUCUGAGUCUAAGAUGCAUGGUAAAUUCUGUGGCGCUGAAGUGCCAGAAGUGAUCACAUCUCAGUUCAACAAUAUGAGGAUUGAAUUCAAAUCUGACAAUACAGUGUCUAAGAAGGGCUUCAAAGCACAUUUCUUCUCAGACAAAGACGAAUGCUCUAAGGAUAAUGGUGGUUGUCAACAGGAGUGUGUUAACACAAUGGGAAGCUACAUUUGUCAGUGCCGCAAUGGAUUUGUGCUGCAUGAAAAUAAACACGACUGCAAGGAAGCUGAAUGUGAACAGAAGAUUCACAGUCCAAGUGGCUUCAUCACCAGUCCCAACUGGCCAGACAAGUACCCAAGCAGGAAGGAAUGCACAUGGGAAAUCAGUGCUACUCCUGGUCACCGGAUCAAAUUAGCCUUUAGUGAGUUUGAGAUUGAACAGCAUCAAGAAUGUGCUUAUGAUCACUUGGAAGUAUUUGAUGGUGAGACCGAAAAAUCACCGAUUCUGGGAAGACUUUGUGGCAACAAGAUACCAGAUCCCCUUGUGGCAACUGGAAAUCAAAUGUUUGUCCGGUUUAUUUCAGAUGCCUCUGUUCAAAGGAAAGGCUUUCAAGCCACACAUUCUACAGAGUGUGGUGGUCGAUUGAAAGCAGAGUCAAAACCCAGAGACUUGUACUCACAUGCCCAAUUUGGUGACAACAACUACCCAGGACAGCUCGACUGCGAAUGGCUGUUGGUGGCAGAACGGGGCUCUCGGCUUGAGUUAUCCUUCCAGAUUUUUGAAGUGGAAGAGGAAGCUGACUGUGGUUAUGACUAUGUUGAGCUUUUUGAUGGUCUUGAUUCAACAGCAGUGGGGCUUGGCCAAUUCUGUGGAUCAGGGCCACCAGAAGAGAUUUAUUCAAUUGGAGAUACAGUUUUAAUUCACUUUCACACUGAUGAUACAAUCAACAAGAAAGGAUUUCAUGUAAGAUAUAAAAGCAUUAAGUAUCCAGAGACUGUGCAUACCAAAAAAUAACAUUAAAAACCUCCAUCAGAACAAAAAGGAAUUUGCAUAACUGAAAGAAGACAUUUUUUAAUAGAAGAUAUUAGCACAAGUGUUUUAUAUAUUGAGUUUGAACAGAAGAAAAUUGUAAGACCAGAAUGAUUAUCUCUGUAAUAAAAGAGAGGUUUCCAGCUUACCCUGUUCAGCUUUACCAGGAUAUUUGGACUUCAUGUUGGACAGUAUGAAUAAACUUGCAGGAAAGGGAUCAAGUGUUUCUAAGAUGACUGCAGGAUUUUUUAUUCAGAGCUUGGCAUAGACUGUUCAGUUCAGGUUCUGUGACCCUGCAGAAUGUACUUUUGAAUGAUUUUUCAAGAUUCAGGAAAAAUAAAAUGAUCUUGCUGCAGGCCAUAAACUGGAAAACCCUUUUAUCUUAGGGUAAUUGUUUUGACCUUUUAUCUUGGAUAAAAUGUAAACCAGAUCCAUAGAAGUAGUUGUGAAAUGAGAGUCUUUUGAGGGUGGUUUGUACUUUGCAUAUGUGUUUGUCUGAUGUUUGAAAACUGGAAUAUUUCAGCCUCAUUAUUUUAACUAGCAGACCAGAUUAACCUCUUUGAAACACCAAUGAUCUUGAAACCACUUCAUUUUAAUGACACAUUGAUAAAUUUGAAAUGUUGUUAGUGUCUAUUAUUGCAGUUAAACUCUUGACAUUUUUUUAUUUAAUUGCUGGAAAAUGCCUAGUUGAUUAGUAAGCUCAAUUUAUUUCUGUGGACUUACUACCUUUUCACACCAAAUCUAAGAAGCCUUGUGAUAUCUUAGGAACUUGAUGAGGAAAAAAAUCACAACAGGUGUGAUCAGGGUUCUUUUAAGUGACUGCCUGAUGGCUCAUACUCAAGUUACCACUGCUGCUAUUAUCUCUUUUGUUGAUCUGUUGUAGUUGUAAUUGUUCAUGUCAUGGUUAAUGUUGUAUUUAAAAAAAAACAAAACAUGAAAUGAAGCAGAAGUAGGUCUGGAAUGAAUUGAAAGAUCUCCUUUUUGUCCCCUUUUAUUCCUGGUUUUCAUUUUUUGUUUUGUUUUGUCUUUUUUUGUUUUUCAAUGUAGUGUUGGCAGGGGCAAGUAUUUGUUUCUGAAAAACUUUCUAUGGUGCUAUUCCAUAAACAUUUUUUAAACAAAGUUUUUGACCUUUGAGCCAACGACCUGGUGACAAUGAAUGUCUCCCUCUCUGACUGGUGGUAUUUGAAGACUAAAGAUCUGCUAAUAGUAUCAAGGGUAUAUAUAUCAUGGCAAGGGCAUCAUUUGUUCCAUGGAACAACUACUUACAAUGCCUUAGAAUUCUUGCACAUGAUAAAACUUAUUCUCCCAGAGACACACCUAAGGAAAACGUUGAACAUAAUAGUAAAUGUUAAUUAAGAGUUCUAUGAAGAAAAUCCAAUUCCAUGACUGAGAACAUUGGGUGGCAAUAUGGUGACCUGCUGGAUUUGUAGAAAAUGAGUUUUCUGCUUUUAAAGCUAUGUGUAUUUUUAAUAUUAUUGUAUAUGUAUAUGUGAGAUUGAGUGACAGAUGUUAUGAGAUCGUCAAAAGUAGUGGGCGGUGGUAAAACUAAACGUUAUGUGCCAAGUCCUACUAGAAUCCUGUCUGAAGUAAUGCUUUUCUUAGAAAGUUUCAUGGACAAAUAAUGGGAACUUCUAAUGAUUACCAACCCCAUUAAAAAAGGUUCUUUAAAGAAAUUAUAUUUUGAUAUUUUAUGUAAAUGUGUAUUGCUACAUGCAAUAGCUUUGUUUCUGUUGUAUGUCCAUGAACAUUCACAUUAAUAAAAUUGGGAAUUUCACUUCAUGUUUUUAAAAGUAAGCUGUUCACACAGAUGUAGUUUUUUUUUUUUUUUUUGGUUUUCGUACCAUUGUUGACCUGAGAAAUCUUUUUCUUGCAUAUGGAUUAUAAAUUGUAAAUACAUUUUUAAAACAGCUUUUCAUCUUUAUUGACUCUUACUUGGGAAAUGUAUAAGUAUUGCCUACAAUAUCAUGAUCUUUUGUUAGUAGAACUGAUUUCUUCCAUUAAUUCUUUUUUUUUCCAAUAAUCUUUAGUUAGCCAAAGUCUAUCAAGAGUGAGAAAAAGAGAAUUAACAUAUAGUAUACAACAUCACACCUAGUCCUAUAGUUCUUUUUAAAACUGUAUCCUGUCCUCUGAGAGCUGCAACAGUGUUUCCAUCUAGUAGUUCAGAAACUGAGACUCAAAAGAGGAAUAAUAUCUCACAGUGUAAAGUUAGGUGUUGAAACCCAACUUUCCUGAUUUCAGAAUCUGUGCUUAUUCUAGUAGAAUACAAUCCUUACAUAAAAGAUUUUUUUUAAUGUUGAGGCCUUUCUACAUAAAGUAAAUUAAAGGGUAAACUAUAGUUACAUUCUUGAUAAGUCUUUUGUUCUUUUCAGGAACAGGGUGACAAGUUUGAAUUCCAACUUACAUAUCUUUAGGAACCACAGUUAGUAUUAGAAAUUAAACAAACAAAAAAUUCUGUAAUUUGGAUUUAGUAAACAUGAACCUUGGGUUUAAAUAAAUACAUUAUUCUAUCUGGCAAUGGUAAGAAAAAUGCACUGUUUUACUUUAAGAAAUAUGGGCAUUCUGAUGGACAUCUUAUUAAGCCACAAUGAUCUAUAUCCAACAAACUGAAAAAGUACAAUAGCAUUUAAAGGAUAUAUAGAGAUAUUGCCAUAACCUAAGGUCUUCAGUGUGAACAGUAUUUUUUAUUCUAUCUUAUGUCAGGUAUCAGUUCAUUGCAUAUUUUUAUACUAAAUCAACUGGCUUAAAUAUGUUAAACACAAUUACAGACAGCUUCAGUUUUGGCUAAUGUUAUUCUAGGUAUUUUAUUAAAUUAAGUUUGUAAAUUAUUUUCAAUUGCUAUAUUACUAUAAUGAUGUGUUCUCUGUUUGCCAAAGUUCUAACACCUAUACAAUAUUCAUUGAAUAUACACAGACAAAACCUACUCCUAUCUAAUAUGAAUUUGUUAAAUUAUUUUUUAAAGUUAAGGAGAUCAUGAAAGAUGUACACAAAACAACAUUUUGAGAAAAAUGGAUGUGAUUAUAUUUCUAGAAUACUAAAUGUCUCCUAUCUGUAUUCUCUGUAUUUUUGCUGUGUAGGAUCAGCUUUAAUAAAGCACAGUGUGAGAUUUAAGUUUA